UUGAACACAUACCGAAGUCAACAGUCAAAGUUUCCAGUUUGAAGAAAGAAAAGAACGCUAGAAUUACAAUGUUAUCCCUUCUCAAUUACUAUAAAACUUGUUAACACGUAUAGGGUAUUCUCGACAUUUGAUGAAUGGCAUUCUUGUAGUUAAUAAUGAAGUCGGGGGGUAAUCAAUCAGCCUUCCAACUGUUUUAUAUAAUAUGCAGAGGGCAGAGAGAGAGUGAGAGAGAGGGUUCCGGACUGAAGUAGUAGCGGCAGUGGUCUUUGGACUUUGGAGACAGGAGAGGCCUAUAAUGUGCUCAACGAAGCAGAAGAACCGGAGCUCCGGCGGACAAUCUGCCGGAGUCUGCUCGAAAUCGUGUGACGAUGGAGGGGACUGGAGAGACGAAGCUAUCAACGGAGGAUCCCUAAAACGCGUGGACCUCCAGACAGGAUCGAACGGCUGGGCCUCACCUCCGGGCGAUCUCUUUUCUCUCCGCAGCAAGAACUUCUUCACUAAGAGACAAAAAUGUCCAUCCGGCGACUGGCUACUAAAGCCCGCUGGUGUUGAUUGGCUCCGGUCGUUAGCCAAACUCGAUAAUGUACUCGCCCGGUCCGACAACAGAAUCGCCAACGCGCUCAGGAAGUCACAGACACUCGGAAACUCUCUCAAAACGUUCUUAUUCGCGGUGAAUCUCCAAGUCCCCGGUCGCGAGCACCACAGUGCGGUUUUCUACUUCGCGGCGGACGAACCGAUCCCUGUAGGAUCGCUGUUCUACAGGUUCAUACACGGAGAUGACGCGUUUCGGAACCAGCGAUUCAAGAUCGUUAACCGCAUAGUGAAAGGGCCGUGGAUCGUGAAAGCUGCCGUGGGAAACUAUGCGGCAUGCUUGUUAGGGAAGGCUUUAACUUGCAACUACCACAGAGGAGAGAAUUAUCUGGAAAUCGAUGUGGAUAUCGGGAGUUCGACGCUGGCUAGCGCGAUUCUACACUUGGCGUUAGGGUACGUGACGGCGGUGACGAUCGAUAUGGGAUUUUUAGUGGAGGCGCAGACGGAGGAGGAGUUGCCGGAGAAGUUGCUCGGAGCGGUUAGAAUAGCGCAGAUGGAGAUGUCGUCGGCGACUUUUGUUGAGACGUCGUCGACGGCGGCGGAAGUAACGGCGUCAGUAACGUGCAAGGGAGGGAAGAGUGGGUGUCGUAAGGUCAAGCAUCAUCAAGGAAACGCUCCGGUUUCUAAAUCUGGAGAUGAAGAGAAAAGCUAAGAAAACAAAAACCUAAACAAAAGACGGUUAGGGUGUUCUUUGUCUUCUGAAAUCUUCGUCUAUAUCUCUUUAUCUUUUUCCUUCUUUUUUUGCCCCUUUUUUUUUCCUGGGGUGUUUUAAAGUUUAAAUGUUGUAGAUAAUAAAAAUCUCGAUUGAUCUCUCGGUUAAUCUCGGUUAAAUGAUUGGAUGCAGUGAAGAGAUUUUUCUUUGGAGGCCUAUUCGUCGUUUCUGCUA